AAGUCGCAAUCAAGUCGCAAUGCUCGCUUGUCUUGUUUAUUUAAAAAAUGGCAACACCAUUCCCAGAUUUGAGUUGAGUGCGCCGGCUUCGCACGUGAACGUGUUUUAAAAAUCGAAUUAAAUUAGUGAAAUCACUAUGUCGGACGAAUAUUUUUAUGGUGUCACUCUCUCCUCCUCACAUCAGUCAGAAACAUGGGACCCGGAAGCGAAAGGAGACUAUCCACGUAGUAAUAAACUACUCAUACGCCAGGCGUUGCUUGGGCCAGAAGCCAAAGCAGAUGAACUCAAUGUUGUACAGGUGGAGACAAUGUGUCUCCAGGAGUCCAUCAAAAUCCCAGUGGCCAUCCUCAAAGUGGGCGAGCAGCGACAAGUGCGCUUACACAUUGAGUUCCCCGAUGCUCCUGUCACUUUCACACUUAUACAGGGUUCAGGGCCCGUACACUUGAUUGGCCAGCAUUUACUUGGUGCUCUGGUUGAGGAGUUUGAAGAUAUGGAGGAAAUGGAAGAGGAAAUGUUGGAUGAGGAGGAAGGUGACGAUUCUCAGUUUAAGGAAGAUGAGAAUAAAAGGAAACCAACAGCCGGCAAGCGCAAGACAAAUGAGGACGAGGAUGACGAGGAGGGUGAGCCCAAAGGCAAGAAGUCGAAAAUGUCAAAUAACGCCAAAGGCAAGGCGCCUUCACCCAAGAAGAAUGCCAAGAAGUGAGCCGCCAGCGUUACGCCCCGCCGAGCCUCCAUAGACCAAUUCCGUGAAGACUGACACACACACUCGGUUUAUGUCUCCCUUGUAGGUAAUCCGCGCCUCGACUAUUGGACUUACAGCUUGCAGUAGUCUGACAUACGUCAAUCUAUGAAGGCAUAAAGUUGUCACUCUACGACUAUUGGCUACUAGCCAAUAGGCUAGUUGACACUUUUUUUUAAAUGGUCUUAUAUAGUUCGUUAUCACAAAAUUAAUAUUGUUUAUAUUAAAUUUGAUAUGAGUCGACUACCCUAUUAGGUAUGUCUGACUAUUGCAAGCUCUUGUUCUGUAUUAUUGAAGAAGGAAUAUUAUGUUUACUCUGCCACAGACCAAAGGGUGAUAUGACAGUCUUAUAGUUCCUAAUUUUGUUUUGAAACAAGAAGUUUUACUCUGUGUCAUCAGUAAAUAUUUCAAUUUACAGACAUUACAUUUUAACAAUAAGGGAACAUUUUGUUAUUUAUGAUAAUGAUGAGUUUGUUGAAUUCAUCUAUAAUAGGGCCUAUCUAAACUUAACAUGUGUUUAGAUGUGCCAGAGAAAAACCAUUUAGAUAGACCAUAAUUCAUAGAAAUGGCGUGUACACUUAAACUUGUUGCUGGACGAGUGACACACUUUAUUAAUUUAAGUUGGUUAAAUGUAUCAACUAAAGUGUUUAUCAGAGAGCAUGGGUAUGGUGACAGUUGCCUUAUGACAUUCAUAGUACUAUUAUCGUGUAUUUUAGUGACUUAUUUACACUAAAGUGUCUUUUUAGUUUUUAAAUGGCAAUGACUCGUUGAUAUCCUCAAUAGCUCAACGGUAAGGGCGGUCGGACUCAUCACCGAGUGGUGGUUCGAUCCCCGCCCCGUUGGUCUAUUGUACCCACUCCUAAUACAGUCUUUCCCGACUAGUUGGAGGGGAAUGAGAAUAUCGGUCAUAUAAAAAAAAAAUGGCAAAUGAUCUUUUUUAAAAAAAAAAAAUCUGUCCCCCCUUAAUCUGUAGUAAUCUGUAACAGGAACGGUCUCGGCGUGAGCGAGCGGGGCACCUUAGUAGUAACAACAUAGCGUGGUAAUUCAAUCUAGGUUAGUAUUGUAUCGACUGUGUGCGUGGUUGGGCGACUGGGCGUGUGAACGUUGGAUGUUACCGCUCGAGGUAUCUACAAAAAACAUAUUUUUGAUCCUGUAGUUACUUCGGUGCUUUGAGUGUAUGUUUCUCGUGACCCACUGAACGAAGCCGAGGUAAAGAAAGCCGACAGACUGACUGACUGACUGAAGCCGCUGAAAGAUUCAAUUUAACUCUUUAUGGUUUUUCCGUUUGUGCCUCUUAGGGGUUAUUUACACGGGCGGCAACUGCUACCGACUGCAGUCGUCGGUAACAGCUGCCAUUCGUGUAAAUGAACACUUAGACACGCAUCAUUUGACUCUUAAAUGGACGACCGGUCGUCCAUCGUAUCUGUUACGUGACAUGUAAAAAAAUAUAAAGUAAACCCACUAAGGGCAAUAGGCGAGCACAGUAUCAUGCUCCGCGCGAUAGAGGAAUAUAAAGAUUUUUUAAAUGGCUCACAACGGUAGAUUAAAACCGCAUUCCCUGGCUGUCGGCUUCUUCAACGCAGACGGGCUCAGAACGAAAAGCCAUUAAAUGUGAGAGAAUACUAGUUCAAUAUGCUAGUUGACAGUUUUUUUAAAUGGUCCUAAAUUUCGUAUUUUUUUGAAAUUUAUUACAUGAAAAUAUUUGAUAUGAGUCAACUAUCCUAUUGUCAAAAGCAGUCUCUGCAGAUUUGCAGAGAUUCGGUUAGCACACUUGUCAGUAUGAAUAGUUCAGUUGAAUAUUUAUGUUCGAUCAGCUAUGUGACAACAAAUUUAAUGUCGUAAGUAAAAUCAUAUUUAACCAAAAGUGAUUUUGAUUUAAUUGCAUGUUACUCUGUGUUAUACAUACAAUACGGGAACUAUUUUAUAAAAUGUACUUAGGUUCUUAUGAUUAUUAUCUGAGUAUGGUUCUAGUUAUCUUGGCUUCGUUUCCCGUGGGUUUAUAAACGCGUCACUGCAGUUGGUGUAGGUUAAUUUGACUUUGAAUGAUCUUUCAGACUAUUUAAGAAUGGUUUCAAAAACACGCUCAAAUUUAAUAAUAAAUAAUAAUUUACUUACCAAAACGUUUUUGAUACUUAGUUUACAAAUGUAAAAGUAGGCUGUUUAUUUCGAGUGAAACCGCAGGGCGUCACCUAGUAAGUUUGUACUACUGGCUUGACCCUCGCGCAGUUCACAUGCGAAUUCGGGGAUAAAAUAUAGCCCAUGAUAUUUGAAUAUUGAUAUAAAAGAAAUCAAAUCGGUUUAGUAAUAACUUACGUCUCAUUCAGCUAGGGAUUUAUUCAUUUUGCUAAACGCAAAUGAACACUUAUAAGAAAAUAGAUAUGUGACAAGGAAAAACCACGACAACAACUUUAGUGGCGCGCUUCUUGCACGAAAAGUUACAUUCAAGCCCAGAAUGAGUGUGAUUUCUAUAUAUAUAAAUAAAAAAUAUCUUUCUGAAAUUAUUAUUUUUUCCAUUCCUUACGGCGGUAUAGUGUUAUUAAUGUCAAAUUUAAUGAAUAAGUGAUCACACGGACGUAUUUUUAAGUUAAGACUUAAGCGUAAACAGUGUAUGUUUAGACUUUGUUUUUGUAUUCGGUUUCGAGUAGCUGCAGGCAUCUCACGUAACGAUUUCUCUAUUCAGAAUGAAACUGAUUAUCUAUUAGUUUGUUUGUACAUAUACAUUUAAAGCAUAAGAACGGUAAUAAUAAAAUAAAACCAUUUCUAAACAUUC